UACUUCCAUGUUUACAUGUGACGACAAACUUUGAGCCGCGGUUACUCAAUUUCUGGCGUCAUGCUAAGUUGUAGGUUUUCGCGUGUGACGGCUCAUAUAUAUUUUAAAACUUCGUAAAUAUCAGAUAUUAUUUCAAGAUAAAUGCUGUCAGAAUGAUUUGGUUCUAUCUUUGUGGGACACUGUCUCUUAUCGCAGCAGAAACUAUAAAGCCUGGGGGCAAUGCGUGGCCGUCUCGAGAGUUCCGCGGCGUGUGGGUGGCCACUGUGGCAAACAUAGACUGGCCGCUCUCCAAGCACGACUCGCCCAGUCGUCAGAAGUCGGAGCUCGUCUCUCUCCUCGACAAACUGCAGGAACUCAACUUCAACGCCAUCGUCUUUCAGAUUCGAUCAGUUGGCGAUGCAAUGUAUCAGUCAUCCUUGGAGCCGUGGAGCGAAUACCUGACCGGAACUCAGGGCAAAGCACCUUCACCGUUCUACGAUCCUCUACACUUUGUUGUCAAUGAAGCCCACAAGCGUAACAUAGAAGUGCACACGUGGUACAACCCAUACCGGGCCCGCUCUGGCAGCACAUCAAGACACGGGUUGGCGCCCAAUCACAUGGCGGUAAAAUUAUCACAGUACGCAUACGCGUACGGCCACAAUCUGUGGAUGGACCCGGGAGCCAAGGAAGUCCAGGACCAAUGCUACAACGUCGUCAUGGACGUCGUUAAACGCUACGACAUUGACGGCGUUCACAUGGACGACUACUUCUACCCUUACCCAGUGUCCGGCCACGACUUCCCGGACUCGACUACAUACCACGCAUACACUCGCAGCGGUGGCCAUUUACCGCGAUCAGACUGGAGGAGAAAGAACGUUGAUGACCUCAUCCAACGCUUAUACGCUGGAAUCAAAGCUACGAAGCGCCACGUCAAGUUUGGUCUGAGUCCAUUUGGGAUCUGGAAAGCUGGCGUUCCUUCAGGAAUACAUGGAUUUUCGUCCUAUUCGGGCCAGUACGCCGACAGUCGGAAGUGGUUCGACGAAGGGUGGGUGGACUACAUGACUCCCCAGCUGUACUGGCAGAUUGAUCCCCCUCAACAGAGCUUCACCCACCUGAUGGACUGGUGGUUGGAGCAGAACACCCACAAGCACCACUUCUACGCUGGUAGUUACGCUGGUAACGUUGUUCACAAGCACUGGCCCGUGGAAGAGAUCAGAAGACAAGUGGAGGAGACCAGAAGAAGAUCCGACAAGCUCAGUCUCGGCGAUGUGUUCUUCAGCGCAAAAUACUUCAGAGACAACAGCAAAGGUCUCUCCGACAUGUUCAAGACGCAGCUGUACACGUCUCCCGCUCUGGCCCCGGUUAUGACGUGGCUGACGACGUCCACCCCACAAGCGCCAUCUGGUGUCACGGUGUCAACAGGGAAGGUAAACUGGCAGGCGGACACCACGGGUGAAGUCAGAUCGUGGGCAGUGUACAGGUUUGCUGCCGACUACUGGAACCUGAUCAAGGUCUUUAACAAUGCAACGCUCAGCUUUGCUCCUGACCAUGUUGGAAGGUACGCUGUUACCGCCGUCGACAGGCUGUCCAGUGAAAGUGACGGGGUCGUCGUCUCUGUCGAAGCAAGCCACAUAAUUGGAUGAUGUAAAAACACAUGUCUCGAGUCUCACCUAGUCCUGUCCUGUUUGUAUGUUGGGAUAAAAUUAAAGUUUGGUUUGUUCAACAACA